GCCCAAUCAGUGUGUGUGCUGCUGCGCCCCUAGGGGCCAACCCGCCAAUCCUGCACUAAUGGAGCCUACAGACUAAAAUAGCCCCCAGCAGUGUGUGUGUGUGUGUGUGUGUGUGUGUGUCUUCGUGCUGUGUGCUGAGUGAGCUCUAAUAAUAGAAGAGGCCGCCUGCUCCUUUAAGAGCCUACUUGUUGCAUACAGCCCGACUCCACAAACUAAAUUUGAACAAAAUGGUUAUCAAAGUUUUCCUCGCCUCUUCGUCGGGAUCCACUGCGAUCAAGAAAAAGCAGCAGGAUGUGGUGGGAUUCCUGGAGGCUCUUAAAGUGGAGUAUGCUCAGCUGGACAUCGCUUGCAGCGAGGAGAACCGCAUGUGGAUGAGGCAAAACGUCCCGCAGGAGAAGAAGCCCUCCAACGGCAUCCCGCUGCCCCCCCAGAUCUUCAAUGAGGAGGGAUACUGCGGGGACUAUGAGACGUUCUUCGAUGCCAAAGAGGACAAUGCUGUGUUUGCCUUCCUGGGGCUGCCCCCUCCUCCCGGCUCAAAGGAAGCAGAACAUGUCGGCAUUGUGGAGAACGGGAACCACGCUGAGGAGACUAUUGCAGAGAACGGGAACGUUGAUAACUCAAUAGAGGUUCCAGAGGAGGGGCGAAAUGGGAAUGCACACUCCGAUGAGGAGCAGGCAGCUGAUGAGGAGGAGGAGGAAGGUGAGGAGGAACUAGCAGAAGAGGAUGAAGCCAUGGAAGAAGACGAGGACGUUGCGGAGGAGGAGGAGGAGGGGGUAGAAGAAACAGAGGAGGUGGUGGAAGAAACAGAAGAGGUCACGGAAGAAACACAGGCCGCUGCAGAGGAGGAAGAAGAAGAAGAACAGGAGGAAGAGGAUUUGCAAUCAGAGGAGGAAGAAGAGCUACUACAGCUUGAGGAAGAAGAAGAGGCUGAAGUACAAGAGGAGGAAGAGGCUGAGUAGUUAACACCAGGCGGUGUCAUCGAUGUUCGUCUGCUAAUAUCCAGCCUAAAGGAACCUCCCGUUACGUCUCUCCCUGAUCCUUUGACGCUUGAUCCCCCCCUCCACCCGUCCCCGAGGACCCCACUGGAAACUCACCCAUGUGUUUAAAGGCGCCAUGAUAAGUCCUGACACGCAUAUCUCGUUCCCUUUUGACUGCAAUGUUGACUUAAUUUUUAUAUUUUGCCCUUAGAGACGUACUGUAAUGAAAAUGCACAGAGUAGCCUAGUGGUGUCAAGUAGCUUUUGUAAAAUGCUAUUCAGUUAUUUUGGUAAAAAUCAAAGAUAUUUCUCGUGUUUUUCUUGUAGAAAUUCUAGUUUUCUAACAGAAGAAGUGGCCUUUACAAAAAAUCUUGGCAAAGCUUAGAUGGUUUUGCCCCACUUUAGAUUCAAACUCACGCUCUAGUGUGUUCUGAUCUUUUAUCAGUAGUUUUACCAAUGUCGUGGCUCCGUGGAUCCGUCUAUCAAGUGAAUGUACAAAUACAAGACUUCCUAAAGGCCACAUGAGGAACAAAUAUGCACAUACUGCACCACCACUAUAGUUACGUCUGCCAAUACUGCUGUCUAAUCAAUGCACUUUGUUGAAUAAGGAGUGAACCAUGUGACUAAGACUUGCAUGCAAUGGAAAAUGCAAUAAAGUAAACUGGUAAAAAGCAA